AUGUUCGAUGAAAAUCAGGGAAUUGCGGUGUAUGCCGGGUACAAGUUGGAUCAAGGAACAAUUAACUUUGGUCAGGCGCCAGGGGGAACAAGAGGAUGGAAGAGAGAACCAGGUAUACUGAGGCAAGGCAGCGACAACAUUUACCAGAAUCAACCGUUUCAAAAGGGUCACUUAGUCCCAGCAGAAACUUACUCGAGCUCUGAAGAGCGCUUAUGCUCAACCUACAGACACACAAACGCCGUUCCACAAGUAGGAGCUUUUAACGGCGGUCAGUGGUCCCAGUAUGAAAGGAAAAUACGAAUUUAUGCCCAAAACACCUGUGUGCAGAACAAUAGAGUGCUCUUUCUGUUAACUGGCACUUCUUUCGUUCAGGUUCAGAACAACCAAUUGCAAGUAACACUACUACAACCUAACCAACUAGGUCCAGUCCAAAAUUACCCAUCAAUUACUAUCCCCAUUUCGAUGUGGACCGCUGGUUGUUGCGUGGCUCCAAAUGGCCAGGCAGAGAGUUUUGCGGUGAUUGGAAAUAACGAUGCAAACCAGCUGCCCUUCAUAAGUCAGAUAAGCCUUGCCCAGCUUCAAAACAUCCUCACAACCGAUGUCACCCGAAGUGGCUUAGGUGGACCUGAAGUGAAUCUGUUUCCAGGACUUGCAAACUGCGUGAAUAACAAUGCUGCACAGCUUCCUCAAGCAGCAGCGGGUGGAUAG